CAAUAAUAAGCGACAACGUUACAAGACGGGCUAUAUUAGUCUAGCUCACAGGCUUCAUUAUGAAUGCGUUUUGUAUGCUUUAAUAUUUGACUGAUAUGCAAAGAAUGGACGCGAAGCUUUAAGGACUGACAGCACACCCCUCCCUUGGCUAAUAAAUAACUUUUCUAACUUUUGCCAUUGCUGGCAUAUGCUAUCCGCCAAGUCUCGAGGCAUUCCCUAUACAACGCCGAGUGUUUGGGAGUUUUCAGUCGAAUAUAUGCCUGAGGACAGGCUCCUGUUGAGUGGCAGUGGGACCAGCUUCAUUCUGAGCCUGGAAGCAGAGUCUCACUGAGGAUCAGAGCAGCUGUAUAAUUCUGAGGCACCGACAGUGGGAGUGACACCACCAAAGCCCAUCCAAACAUGUCGCUUUAGGAUCGAGUACACAACAUGGCUUCAUACUGUCCUGUCUGAAAUGCCACUAGGACUAUGUCUUCAUGCACUCAUUCUGAGAUGGAGUAUUUUAGCACAACAGGAGAGAACUCUUUGUCCUCUGUGAAAUCUCUCAGAAUCACUGAUGGGAACAGCAGCAUCAGAUGGAGGACAGCUAGAAGUGAAAAUGUUAACUCUCUCAACACAGCAGAUGCACACUUCGGAACUACUCUAAAGCCUGACCAAAUGAAAACCGAGACUGAUGAACCGGAUCAUGUUAAACCGGAGCAGCGUAUACACAUUGCAGUUAAAACAGAGCCUGAGAAACAGAUUCAAAUUCAUCCACAACAAGAAGUCAUCAGACACAAUGGCAUUUCAGCAGGAAAGAUACUGCAGGUUGAAUCGAACUGCGGUUUUGCUGACAUUCAGAUUGAAACAGAAAAGGAUCCGAAAGAAUAUGGUACUCUUAGAAUGAGGAGGUCAGGUCUGCAGGGUGAUGGAAUUUACAGUGAGGGGUUAAACCUGAGGACUCUGAGUGAAAUUGACCUGGAUGGCAAAGACCGUGGGAAACAUUUACAAAGCUCAGAGGUCAAAGAAAGACUGAAAGACAUUCACACAGGAGUGAAGUCAUACACAUGCAGACUGUAUUCUUGCCCUGACUGUGGAAAGACCUUCAGGAAAUCAGGAAACCUGAAGAGACAUCAGCUGAUUCACCAGCGAACCCACCCCAAAGUGAACACAGGGCAGGAGCCAUAUUCUUGCUCAGAUUGUGGCAAAAGCUUCUGUCAUUUAGGAAACUUGAAACAGCAUCAGCUAACUCACACAGAUGAAUCAUACUCUUGCACAGUCUGUGGGAAAGUUUUCUUUCGUCUAGGGACCUUAGAACGGCAUCAGUUGCUUCACACAGGUGAGAGACUGUACAACUGCAGUGAAUGUGGAAAGAGCUUCACUCACUUGGGGAGCUUACACACUCACGAGAGAAUCCACAAAGGAGGAAAAACAUACAUUUGUACAGAAUGUGGACAGAGGUUUUGUCGGUUAGGAAGUUUUAAAGAACAUCAGCGCAUUCACACAGUUGAGAAAGAAUACACCUGCAUUAUUUGUGGCGAUAGUUUUAAUCACUUGGGGCACUUCAAACAGCACAAGCAAGUUCACACCAAAGAAACAUUACUCAUGCCCUGAAUUCAUUAUUGAUGCUUUUGGUGAACUUGGUUAUAUUAAACAACACAGCAUUGUAACUUUUCUUUUUUCGAAGACACUGAAGCAAAAAAAUAAAAUAAUCUGAAAUUUGAAAUCACAUUUUUUACGAUUAUUCAAAUAUGAUAUCAACAUAGCAGGAAACGUGCUACCUACACAUGACUUUUCAUGAUUUUUUUUAUUUUGCCAGCAGAGAACUUAGGGUUCUGGGGGACUGCUAGAGGUUCCUUUGGAAAAUCACUGCUUUAUAAAAUUUAUAAUGGCCUCCCUUCUGGUUCUACAACACUGUGAGUGAGAACCGCAUCUCUUGCAUGAUUUCACAUCAUGUUUAAAUCUUUAUAUCAUAUAUUACAGUGUUUUUACCAUACAUGCUAAGAUAGAAAUGUUUUGUACUUCUGUUCUCCCUUUACUGUUACAAUGGUAAAAUCAUACUUUCACUUGUACACAUUUUUGUUAUUUUUUUCCUUCCAAGUAAUUUCCUUACAUUUCAGAGAC